GCGGAGGAGAACGCGAGAUUCAAAGAACUAUGUUAGAACUCCUCAAUCAGCUUGAUGGUUUCGAUAGCAGAGGAGAUGUUAAGGUUGUAAUGGCUACAAAUAGAAUCGAAACGCUAAAUCCAGCAUUAAUCAGACCAGGUCGUAUUGAUAGAAAAAUAGAAUUCCCAUUACCCGAUGAGAAAACAAAACGAAGAAUUUUCAGUAUCCAUACCAGCAGGAUGACUUUAGCACCUGAUGUGAAUUUAGCAGAAUUGAUUAUGGCUAAAGAUGAUCUUUCAGGUGCAGAUAUAAAG